UUCACAAUAUUGUCGCAUAUAAUUUUAUUACAUUGAACAACAGAACGAAGUAUUUAAAUCUUCUACACGAUUAUUUCCUUUUGCAUUAACUUCUUUUCACCCAUUCACAACAAAAACUGUUUUUUCGGGGAAAAGGUUAAUAAUGUGGCAAACAACAACACGGUUAUACGGGGAAAGCAAGCCAUACAGUGGAUACUAGCAGCACGAAUACACGAGUGACAAACGAGUUUCGCCAUUUCUUCUUUCAAGUUGCCCGCUCCGGAGUUGUAGUGGAAGUGGCGAUCCGUGUCGUAGGGAAACAUGUUUGGCCGCAUAAAAAAUUGAAUCUCGAAACCGUGAACAGACAACCGGUGUGGUAAACCGAGAACAAGAGGCGGAAAAAGAGAAAUGGAUGCGAUCAAACCUGGAUGGUUCAGUGAAAUUAACGAUCUGUGGCCAGGUGUAUCAUUGUCCCUCGAGGUCGUCAAGGUACUCCAUCGAGAACGAUCGCAGUAUCAGGACGUGAUGGUGCUCGAAACGAAAUCACAUGGAAGGACCCUAAUUUUAGAUGGUAUCAUUCAAUGCACGGAGAGAGACGAGUUUUCGUAUCAGGAGAUGAUUGCUUUCCUACCGUUGUGCAGCCAUCCAAAUCCAAAAACUGUUUUGAUAGUUGGAGGUGGAGAUGGCGGAGUUGCUCGUGAAGUGGCUAAACAUCCACAGGUAGAACGAAUCGUGCAAGUCGAAAUCGACCCUAAAGUGUUGGAGGUAUCGAAAAAGUACUUGCCUUCGAUGGGUGUCGGACUGGAUCAUCCUAAAGUCACGCUUAACAUUGGCGAUGGUUUUCAAUUCUUGAAGCAACAUAGUGGCCAAUUUGACGUUAUAAUCACGGAUAGCAGUGACCCAGUCGGUCCAGCAGAGUGCCUAUUCCAAGAGUCAUACUUUAAUCUGAUGAAAAGUGCAUUGAAACCUGGUGGAAUCGUUUGCAGUCAAGCGGGAACUGCAUGGUUAAAUCUCGACCACGUGACACAAACGUUACAACGUUGCAAAUCUUUAUUUCCGGUUGCAUCUUAUGGUGUCGUUUCCGUGCCUACCUAUCCUACAGGUCAAAUUGGAUUCGUGCUCGGGGGAUUAAAUCCUGGGACGAAUUUCAAAGAGCCAACAAAAGUUUUUAACGACACCGAGCUUGACCAGAUGAACAUGAAAUACUAUAACGAUCAAGUGCAUCGGGCAGCAUUUAUUCUUCCAAGGUUUAUAAGGAAAGCAUUGGACAAGGCACUCGAUAAAAACUAGUCAUAGUCAAGUAUCUCUUAAAGAAAUAAUUUAAAACUUUUUUUUAAAAUUGAAGACUUUUAACACAAAUAUCGGAAAUAUCAUUGUCGUCGCUUAUCGUUCAACUACCUCGUUGAUCCAAUCGUGAAUAUAAUC